GUCUCACACAGUCGACUUUUGUUUUUGUAUUUCGUCUCCGUGUGUUAUUUUUUAAAAUUCGAUUAAAAUUUUUAAUUUUUUGUGAUUAUUUUUUACUUUUAACAACCCCCUUGUCCCGAAACAAAGAAUUGCGCACCUCAACCAUGACGAACGGUACUUAAAUCACUCAGAAAUUAAAUUCAAAUAAGAACUGUGAUUUUUAAAAAGAAUAAAUAAAAAAAAAUAAAGACGACCGACGAAUAAUAAAAGGCAAUACGUCAGAACAUCGUCGUCGUUGUCGUCGUCGUCGUCGUAGUCAGAAACAAACAAAAAAUAGUGAAAUAAUGUAAACUUUUCGUUACAAUAAUAAUCAUCUAGAGUGCACUUAAUUAGAAAAUAAAUUAAAAUAAAGAAUGAAAAAUGUUGCAUCGUGCCAUGGUACUUCAAGAGAAAUAAAAAUAAAUAAUAAUAAAUAAAAAUAAAUGAAAUAGAAAGGAAAGCUGAGUCAGCGGUCAUUAUUCUAUUAAGAUAUCAUUUCCAAAAAAAAAAAAAAUUAAAAAAAAAUAAUUAAUGCUGAAGCAGCGAACAUCAAUUUGUCAUGGUCAGUGGAUUAACGGCAAAAUUUUCGAUCAUUUUCAGAUGUUUUUUGCAUGAAUUUCGAGGGGAUUUUACGGAGGUAGCAACUGCACAAAAAAAUACAUUAAUUCGGCACAAAAAUGAAAUUUGCCGAGCAUCUUAGUGCUCACAUCACGCCAGAAUGGAGGAAGCAAUACAUCAACUACGAAGAAAUGAAAGCCAUGAUCUACAUGGCGGUCGAGAAAGCCCCUUCAGCAGAAGCUGUGGACGAAGGUGUUUUGCAGCGGCAUUUUGCGAACUUUGAUGAAACUUUUUUCCACUUUUGCGACUCGGAACUGAAGAAAAUCAACACUUUCUACUCGGAAAAGUUGGCGGAAGCCACACGUAAGUUCGCCGCGUUGCAGGUAGAACUGAAAACAGCACUCGAGGCAACGGCAAAUCCGAAAGCCAAGCAAAAGACGAACAAAAAGACUGCGCUGCCAUAUCGAAAAGCACAAGAACUAAAACUAGCAUUUAGUGAAUUCUACCUAAGUCUCAUCCUCUUGCAAAACUACCAAAAUCUUAACCACACCGGUUUCCGUAAGAUCCUAAAGAAGCACGACAAGCUGCUACGAGUGAACGAUGGCGCUAAAUGGCACAAGGAAAAUGUCGAGUCGUCGCAUUUCUUCACGAACAAGGACAUCGAUCGCAUAAUUGCGGAAUGUGAGGCUUGUGUAACGGAACAACUUGAAUCAGGGGAUCGACAAAAAGCCAUGAAACGUCUUCGGGUGCCUCCGCUGGGCGAACAACAAAGCCCGUGGACGACUUUUAAAGUUGGAUUGUUCUCCGGGAGCUUCAUCGUACUCUUUAUCGCCGUGAUACUGUCCGCCAUUUUUUCAAAAGCCACGGGCGAUAAUCUAAAAGUUGCCUUUACGCUGUACCGAGGCCCGCUGCUGCUCAUCGAAUUCAUGUUUCUCAUGGGCGUGAAUGUGUAUGGAUGGCGAUCGUCGGGCGUGAAUCACGUACUGAUUUUUGAAUUAGAUCCGCGAAAUCAUUUGUCUGAACAGCAUCUCAUGGAACUGGCUUCCAUUUUUGGCGUCGUUUGGACUCUCAGCAUUUUAGGUUUUCUUUACAGCGCUAGUUUAAGUUUACCACCGUUCGUUAACCCAUUAGUGUUAAUUGUGAUUAUGAUUGUCUUCCUCAUCAAUCCUCUGAAGGUACUGAGACACGAAGCGCGCUUUUGGCUCUUGAGAACAGUCGGAAGAAUGUUCGCAGCUCCCUUCUUCUUCGUCACUUUUGCUGAUUUCUGGCUUGCUGAUCAACUGAAUUCCUUGGCAAGUGCCUUGCUGGACUUUGAGUUCCUACUUUGUUUCUACGUUACCAACGGAAAUUGGCUCGAAGCGAAUGAUACUUCCGCUUGUCUCAAAACUGACUUUUUCGUGAGACCGUUAGUGGCAUGCUUACCAGCGUGGAUCCGUUUCGCGCAAUGUCUUCGGCGUUAUCGUGACUCCAAAGAGGCUUUUCCUCAUCUCGUGAAUGCGGGAAAGUACGCGAGCACGUUCCUAGUUGUCAUUUUUAGUACCUUGAAGAAUUAUUAUCAGCUGCAGAAGAAUUACGAAUCGACUUUUGAUAAUCCGUUCACGUGGGCAUGGCUUGCAAGUUCGGUUUUCUCGUCGUGUUACGCUUACACGUGGGAUAUCAAGAUGGAUUGGGGCCUUUUUGACAAAAAUGCCGGCGAAAAUACCUUUUUGCGGGAGGAAAUUGUGUAUUCUUCAACGUUUUUCUACUACUUUGCAAUAAUCGAGGACCUCUUGUUACGGUUUGCAUGGGCCCUGUCCUUCUACUUGACCGAAAAUAAGAUGAUCAGUGGCGAGUUGAUGACUUCCAUUCUCGCCCCUCUCGAGGUUUUUCGACGUUUCGUCUGGAAUUUCUUCCGUCUCGAGAACGAGCAUCUCAAUAAUUGCGGUAAAUUCAGAGCUGUGCGAGAUAUUUCCGUUGUGCCGCUCGAAAGUAGUGACCAAACGACAAUUCUUCGCAUGAUGGAUGAGCCGGAUGGCGUCGUAAAUCGGUACAGCAAACAAAACAAGCCGAAACAGAAAAAGACAAAGGACCCCGAGAAGAAGUCACUCAUUCCGCCGCUCUACAAAAGUCAUCAUCAUCAUCAUAGACCGUCCGGAGGCGUUCACGAGAUGGAAAUUAUCGACAUCAGUCCCGAUGGCCUAUGAGAAAAAUUCGUUUUUUUUCUAGUUUUAAGACAAAAAAUCUAAUUUUAAGCAAAAAUUUCGCCUUUUCCAUUGUUAAAAUUGUUCUUCCAUGAAAUUUGACUGAAAAGGUUUUGUACUAGCACCUAAAAAAAAAUUCAUCCAAACAUGAAAAGACAACACGAGCUUUCCAGUAUUACUACUUUUUAUUGCUUUUUUCGGUUCGUACUUAUGUGCAUUUUUUCAGUAAAUAGGUACUUAGUGAGUUCACAAACAAUUUUUUUUAAAUAGUUAAUCUUCAAGUUAUCCAAAUAGAACCAAAAAACAGAAGCAACGAAUAAAGUCAAAGAAAAAAAAAGUAAUUUUAUGGUGCUAAAAAUUAUUUUAAGUAAACAAAUGGUGCAAUUAUUAAUUAGUAUGUUAAAAAAAAGUGAGUGAUGAUGAACUUCCAAGAUUUUAGGAAAAAUUUAUCAUAAUGGAUUUGAUCAAGUGCAUUCUUUAGAAAUUAGGAAACUAUUUGUAAGAAGUAUUAAAACAAAACAGUUUAAUUAGUGAAUAAAUG